CAAUUUACAAACCACCCAUCGAAAUCCCUAAUCCCUAGUAAUAUAUAGGGUUUUAUGGAGCUUCUGCCUCCUCCUCCUCCUCCUCCUCCUCCUCACGCAAUAUCUCUCAGUCGACACCGAUCAAGUGUUACUGAGAUCACGCCGCCUCAUUUUGACCGGACCUGUGACAGAUAGUUUGUUUACUGUUGACUCCAAAAGCGAGUCAAAAUGGUGAAGUUUACGGCGGAGGAGCUCCGCAGGAUCAUGGACUACAAGCAUAACAUCCGUAACAUGUCUGUUAUUGCUCAUGUUGAUCACGGGAAGUCAACGUUGACCGACUCUCUUGUGGCUGCUGCUGGUAUUAUCGCACAAGAAGUUGCUGGUGAUGUACGAAUGACCGAUACACGUGCUGAUGAAGCUGAACGCGGUAUCACGAUCAAGUCAACUGGGAUAUCACUUUACUAUGAAAUGACUGAUGAGGCUCUCAAGAGCUUUAAAGGAGAACGUAAUGGGAAUGAGUACCUCAUCAAUCUCAUUGAUUCACCCGGGCACGUUGACUUCUCAUCCGAAGUUACUGCUGCACUCCGUAUCACUGACGGUGCAUUGGUGGUUGUUGAUUGUAUCGAAGGUGUCUGCGUCCAGACCGAAACCGUCCUUCGUCAAGCUCUCGGUGAAAGGAUUCGACCCGUGUUGACCGUCAACAAAAUGGACCGUUGUUUCCUUGAGCUUCAAGUUGAUGGAGAAGAAGCAUACCAGACGUUUCAAAGGGUUAUCGAAAACGCUAAUGUCAUCAUGGCUACUUAUGAGGACCCGCUUCUCGGUGAUGUCAUGGUUUACCCUGAGAAAGGUACCGUUGCUUUCUCUGCUGGGUUACACGGUUGGGCUUUUACUUUGACCAACUUUGCGAAAAUGUAUGCUUCGAAGUUUGGUGUUGAUGAGGCGAAGAUGAUGGAAAGGCUCUGGGGUGAGAACUUUUUCGACCCAAAAACCAAAAAGUGGACGACGAAGAAUACGGGUUCUGCUUCAUGCCAACGUGGUUUCGUUCAGUUCUGUUACGAGCCCAUCAAGAUGAUUAUUAACACGUGCAUGAACGACCAGAAAGAUAAACUCUGGCCUAUGUUGACCAAACUCGGUGUUACAAUGAAGUCCGAAGAGAAGGAGUUAAUGGGAAAAGCUUUGAUGAAACGCGUUAUGCAAAACUGGCUUCCGGCUGCUACUGCUUUACUUGAAAUGAUGAUAUUUCAUUUACCGUCUCCUCAUACGGCCCAAAAAUACCGUGUUGAGAAUUUGUAUGAAGGUCCGUUGGAUGAUAUGUACGCCAAUGCUAUUAGGAACUGCGAUCCCGAUGGCCCGCUUAUGUUAUAUGUGUCGAAGAUGAUUCCCGCUUCUGAUAAAGGAAGGUUUUUCGCUUUUGGUCGUGUGUUUGCUGGAAAGGUUUCGACCGGUUUGAAGGUUAGAAUCAUGGGUCCGAAUUAUGUUCCAGGUGAGAAGAAAGAUCUGUACGUUAAAAGUGUUCAAAGGACUGUUAUUUGGAUGGGAAAGAAACAAGAAACUGUUGAAGAUGUUCCUUGUGGAAACACAGUUGCGAUGGUUGGUUUGGAUCAGUUUAUUACCAAAAACGCUACGCUAACUAACGAGAAGGAAGUCGACGCACACCCGAUUCGAGCCAUGAAAUUCUCCGUCUCACCUGUCGUUCGUGUUGCGGUUCAGUGUAAGGUCGCAUCUGACUUACCAAAGCUCGUCGAAGGUUUGAAACGGUUAGCUAAGUCUGACCCUAUGGUUGUUUGCACCAUCGUGGAGUCCGGUGAACACAUCAUCGCAGGUGCCGGUGAGCUUCAUCUCGAAAUCUGUUUGAAAGAUUUGCAAGACGAUUUCAUGGGUGGUGCCGAGAUCGUUGUUUCUGAUCCCGUUGUGUCCUUCCGUGAGACCGUGUUAGAAAAAUCAUCCCGAACUGUUAUGAGCAAGUCCCCGAACAAACACAACCGUUUGUACAUGGAAGCUAGGCCGAUGGAGGAAGGGCUAGCGGAGGCUAUAGACGAGGGCCGGGUCGGUCCACGUGACGACCCGAAAGUUCGUGGAAAAAUUUUAUCCGAAGAGUUCGGUUGGGAUAAGGAUCUUGCUAAGAAAAUCUGGUGUUUUGGGCCGGAAACCACGGGUCCGAACAUGGUUGUUGAUAUGUGUAAGGGAGUGCAGUACUUGAACGAAAUUAAAGAUUCGGUCGUUGCGGGUUUCCAAUGGGCGUCAAAGGAAGGUGCGUUAGCCGAAGAGAACAUGCGGGGCAUCUGUUUCGAAGUGUGCGAUGUCGUCCUCCACGCUGAUGCCAUUCACCGUGGUGGCGGUCAAGUGAUCCCAACCGCUAGGCGUGUCAUCUACGCGUCGCAGCUGACCGCCAAACCCCGACUGCUUGAGCCGGUGUAUUUGGUUGAGAUUCAGGCGCCGGAACAAGCUCUUGGUGGAAUCUACAGCGUGCUGAACCAGAGGCGUGGGCACGUGUUUGAGGAAAUGCAGAGGCCGGGCACACCGUUGUACAACAUCAAGGCUUACUUGCCUGUGGUUGAGUCAUUUGGGUUUUCAGGCGCAUUGAGGGCGUCUACUUCUGGUCAAGCUUUCCCGCAAUGUGUGUUUGAUCAUUGGGACAUGAUGUCAUCUGACCCGUUGGAAGUUGGGUCACAGGCGAGUACACUCGUGACGCAGAUUCGUAAGAGGAAGGGUUUGAAGGAGCAGAUGACUCCGCUUUCGGAGUUUGAGGACAAGCUGUAAGUCACAAAGAGAAUUCUUGUUUGGUUUUGUUUUACAACUUUGCUAUGGUUUUAUUUUAGUUUUGACAUUUUGAUCUUAUUAUAUUGUUGGUCAUUGUGCUUUAAAGGCUUUGGAUAUUAUGUUUGGAUCUUUGAGUAGUAAUAGACUUCAAUUGGAAUUGUAGUUACCAAGUAA